AUGAAAGAGUUGGGAGAACUGAGAUAUUUUUUAGGAAUAGAAUUUUCUAGAUCAAAAGAUGGGAUUCCCAUGGCACAGAGAAAAUAUGCCUUAGAGUUGAUUGCUGAGUCUGGAUUAGCAGGAUCCAGACCCAAAGAAACACCCAUGGAACAAAAUCUCAAACUAACAAGUGUAGAGUUUGACAAAACUUUAAAUGUUGAAAAUUCGGAGGAUGACAAAAACUUGAAUGAUUCUCCAGUAGAUGAAGUAAUGGAGGACAGAGGGAGAUAUCAAAGGCUAAUUGGAAAGUUGUUGUACCUAACCAUUACUAGACCUGAUAUUUCAUAUGCAGUUCAGAGUCUAAGUCAAUUUAUGCAAUCUCCAAAAAAUUCACAUUAUGAGGCUGCCUUGAAUGUUGUUAAGUAUAUCAAGAAACAACCUGGUUUGGGAUUGUUGAUGUCAAGUGGAAGUGCAGAACAAGUUGCCUCAUUUUGUGAUUCAGAUUGGGCAUCUUGCCCCAUGUCUAGAAAGUCUGUAACAUGA